AUGGGCGGAGAUGGCAAAGUUUUCACCUUGUCGGAGGUUUCUCAGCACAGUAGCCCCAAGGAUUGUUGGAUCGUCAUCGAGGGCAAGGUCUAUGAUGUGACAAAGUUCUUGGACGACCAUCCUGGUGGCGACGAUGUCAUAUUGACUGCUACAGGGAAAGACGCCACCGAUGAUUUUGAAGAUGUGGGUCACAGUUCUACUGCAAAGGCCAUGCUAGAUGAGUUCUAUGUCGGUGAUAUUGACUCAGCCACUGUCCCAACUAAAACCAAGUUUGUCCCUCCUCCAAAGCAGGCCGAGGCUAACCAGGACAAGAGCUCCGAUCUUGUCAUCAAGAUCCUUCAGUUCCUUGUUCCUCUUCUAAUCCUAGGCUUAGCUCUCGGCAUCCGGUUUUACACCAAGACUCCUUCUUCUUGA